CAGCCAUUUGAUCUAGUUUCUGGCGACGACUCCAUCCAAGGAGAGUUCUGGUAUCAGCUGGCUAAUGCCAAUGACACAAUUUCUCAGAACUUCUCAACACGCUUUAUACAAAGUGGAGACACCUUGCCUCUGAGCGUCAAGGGGGACCCCGCGAGUCGUCCAUUUACAUUCCUCCAGUUGGUGACGGAAGGGGUGACCCCCUCCACAAGUGUUACUGGUUUGUAUGAAGAACCCGUGAGAUAUUCUGCGCCUUCUAUCAUUACCCGUGUGUACGCUAUAAUCUCCCUGGAUUCGCUUGUGACGAAC